GAAGGCGCAACAGCUCCGAUUUUGAAAUUCCCAACACCGCCCUCCAGUUGAAAAGAUUUCCAAAAAAUUUAAACACAUCUAAGCCCAUGUAUGUGAAGUGAAAUUCGGUUUUGGCAUUCGGCAUUGGUUGAGUGGCGCUUUUUUCUGGAUAUUUUUCAAAAGAAUCAAGGAUUAUUUUACCAUGGAUUGGAGCAACUACAUGAUUUGAGCUUGAUAUAUUUUAGAUUUCAAAGUGCGGCGGCGGGAUCUCCACAUUUUGGGUCAAGGACACGACGGGUUAUAUAGUCGCAGAUGUCACCAACCGGUCAUAUAUCCAAAUCAAAGACGCCCACGCCACACGAUAACGAUAACAAUAGCAUCAGCGACGAGCGCGAAACAUGGAGCGGCAAAGUGGAUUUUUUAUUAUCGGUUAUUGGAUUCGCCGUCGAUUUAGCAAACGUCUGGAGAUUUCCCUAUUUGUGCUACAAAAAUGGCGGUGGCGCCUUUCUUGUGCCCUACGGCAUUAUGCUGGUGGUCGGUGGCAUUCCGCUCUUCUAUAUGGAAUUGGCCCUGGGUCAGCACAAUCGUAAGGGAGCCAUAACUUGCUGGGGUCGCUUGGUGCCCCUCUUCAAAGGAAUUGGAUAUGCCGUGGUGCUGAUUGCCUUCUAUGUGGACUUCUACUACAAUGUGAUUAUUGCCUGGUCGUUGCGCUUCUUUUUUGCAUCCUUCACCAGCUCGCUGCCUUGGACGUCGUGUAAUAAUAUUUGGAACACGCCAAACUGCAGACCGUUCGAGAGCCAAAAUGCAUCUCGUGUUCCGGUUAUUGGUAACUACAGUGACUUGUAUGUCAUGGGAAAUCAGAGCCUGCUCUAUAAUGAGACCUACAUGAAUGGUUCCAGCUUGGACACGACAGCGGUUGGCCAUGUGGAGGGUUUUCAGUCCGCAGCAUCAGAAUAUUUCAAUCGCUACAUUUUGGAGCUGAACCGCAGCGAGGGAAUCCACGACUUGGGCGCCAUUAAGUGGGACAUGGCGCUGUGCCUUCUGAUUGUCUACCUGAUCUGCUACUUCUCCCUGUGGAAGGGCAUCAGCACUUCGGGCAAGGUGGUGUGGUUUACUGCCCUCUUCCCCUAUGCAGUGCUACUGAUUCUACUGAUCAGGGGCCUCACACUGCCCGGAUCCUUUCUGGGCAUUCAGUAUUAUCUUACGCCCAACUUCAGUGCCAUCUACAAGGCUGAGGUGUGGGUGGAUGCCGCCACCCAGGUGUUUUUCUCAUUGGGUCCCGGAUUUGGAGUGCUGCUGGCCUAUGCUUCCUAUAAUAAAUACCAUAAUAAUGUAUACAAGGAUGCUUUGUUAACCAGUUUCAUCAACUCGGCUACCAGCUUUAUAGCCGGCUUUGUGAUAUUCUCCGUGCUGGGUUACAUGGCCCACACUCUGGGUGUAAGAAUUGAAGAUGUGGCCACCGAAGGACCUGGUCUGGUUUUCGUGGUCUAUCCAGCUGCCAUUGCCACCAUGCCGGCCAGCACUUUCUGGGCCCUCAUAUUCUUCAUGAUGCUGCUCACCUUGGGCUUGGAUAGUUCGUUUGGAGGCUCAGAGGCUAUAAUCACGGCGUUGAGCGACGAGUUUCCCAAGAUCAAAAGAAACCGAGAGCUGUUCGUAGCUGGACUGUUUUCACUUUACUUCGUGGUCGGCCUGGCCAGUUGCACCCAAGGUGGCUUCUACUUUUUCCACCUGCUGGAUCGCUAUGCUGCCGGCUACUCGAUUCUAGUGGCCGUGUUCUUCGAGGCAAUCGCGGUGUCCUGGAUCUACGGAACCAAUCGAUUUAGCGAGGACAUACGGGACAUGAUCGGCUUUCCACCGGGAAGAUACUGGCAGGUGUGCUGGCGCUUUGUGGCACCCAUUUUCCUGCUCUUCAUCACGGUGUACGGCCUGAUUGGCUACGAGCCAUUGACCUAUGCGGACUACAUAUAUCCCAGUUGGGCCAACGCGCUGGGAUGGUGCAUAGCGGGUUCCUCGGUUGUGAUGAUUCCCGCCGUGGCGAUAUUCAAACUGCUUUCCACGCCGGGCAGCCUGCGUCAGCGGUUCACCAUUUUGACCACACCCUGGCGGGAUCAGCAGUCGAUGGCAAUGGUGCUGAACGGGGUCACCACCGAGGUCACCGUGGUGCGACUGACCGAUACGGAAACCGCCAAGGAGCCCGUCGAUGUCUGAGUUCGACCAGUGGCCCGUUUUCAAAUUUACUACGUUUAGAUUUGGAAAUUUACCAACAACCGAUGUUCACGUACAUGUGUAAUUGUGGCAUUGCAGGAAUGCAGUAUUGUAGGAGGAGAGUUUGUGUUUUUGGUUCGACAUUUGGCGCAGGUCCUGGAGGAUCGGCAAAUUUCGCAAACAACGUACUUAGGUUUCGGCACCAAAGAGGAAAACCAACAAGCUACAAAGCAACAGCUUCAAACCAUAAGUUCUAAGUUAAGAUUAGCUUGUAGUUCGUAUGGUUAAUGCCAGUUAUAGCAUACUCAUAUAUACGAUGCUGUGUAGAUAAUACCAAGUCCGAAAGUGCGAAACAUAUUGAACGCGUCAGUUAAUCCACCAAGAAAUCCAGCUUGAGAGAAUGUUUGCAUAUGCCAAUGGAAUUAACGACACGAUCGUGGCUCAAAUUGGGCACAGAAUCUGUACAUACACAAGUCGAUGAUGUAAAAGCUUUAAACACGUUAUAGGAUAUCUCAUGGAACUGAAGCAAAAGCUGCCAGAGUUGAACUACAAAAUCCCCGCAAACAGCCAUGUUGGGAUUUUGUCAUAUGCAAAGGUUUGUUCUAGACUAAUUUACCCCGUCCAAAGAACUACGAUUGUUUGCUUAAAGCAGCCAUUUUAAGCAAUCAAUUGCGAGUUAUAAAAGCAUUCCCGUUUGUAAACUGAUUUCUGUAUAUAGAUAUAUGAUAUUUUAGCAUUGUUUUAAG